CCACUGCAGGGGCUCCGAGCCGGGCCGAGGCGGGGAAAGAAAACUGUUAGCCAGUGAAGCACUGUCUUGUGAACUGUUGUUUAUGACUUACUGAGUUGAGUAUCUUCUCUUUUCCAGCCAUCAAAAAUCAGGAUUAAUUUAGAAGAUAACGUGCAGUAUGUUUCCAUGAGAAACGCGCUGAAAGUAAGGAGGCCUCGCUUUGACGUGUCGCUCGUUUACUUAACGCGGAAGUUUAUGGACCUGGUCAGAUCCGCUCCGGGGGGGAUCCUCGACUUGAACAAGGUGGCGACGAAGCUGGGCGUGCGCAAGCGGCGAGUGUAUGACAUCACCAACGUCCUGGACGGGAUCGACCUGGUGGAGAAAAAGUCCAAGAACCACAUUAGAUGGAUAGGCUCCGACCUGAACAACUUCGGCGCAGUGCCACAGCAGAAGAAGCUGCAGGAAGAGCUUUCCGCCUUGUCGGCCACGGAGGACGCUCUGGAUGAGCUGAUCAAGGACUGCGCCCAGCAGCUGUUUGAGCUGACAGAUGACAAAGAAAACGAGCGGUUGGCGUACGUGACGUACCAGGACAUCCACAGCAUCCAGGCCUUCCACGAGCAGAUCGUCAUUGCGGUGAAGGCUCCGGAGGAGACCAGACUGGAUGUCCCUGCUCCCAGAGAAGACUCCAUCACGGUGCACAUCCGGAGCACCAAGGGGCCCAUCGACGUGUACCUGUGCGAGGUGGAGCAGGGCCCGCCGGGCACUAAGGCGGCCAGCGCGGCCCCAGAGAGCCGGCGCACCGCACAGCCCGAGGAAGGAGAUGCACAGCACAGUGAGGAGCUGCUUGAAGUGAGCGACUGACCGCCGAGCUGGAGCGCCGCUCCGUGGAGCGGCCCCUGCAGUGCGCCCCCGCGCCCGUCGCCCUGGGCUGUGGCGGUCCCAGAGUCGCGCACGGAGGCCCGCCCCCCACUAGGUUCCUAGGUAGUUACGGUUGCUGCGUUCAAAACGACCUUUUUGUGACUCCAGCGCUCGUCGGCGAGCGAGACGUUUGCCUGCUGAAGGACCUUCGCCGCGAGGCGCCGCCGACCGGCACGGGCCGAGUGGACGGGGCUUCGCAGCCGCCGGCCUGUCCUGCGGGCAGCACCUCAGCGUCACGGUAGAAGUUGCCUUACACGCUCCAGGCUGCCUCGCGCCCCAGCGGCGGGCACCGGCGCGAGGUGUCUGAACCCCUCACAGUUUGAGUGACCGUCCGCCCCGUGAAGCCGAGAUGACAUACGUGUGGAGAGGGACGGGCGAAUUCUCGAGUGUCUGGCUGGCUGGGCUCCGGGGUGAGAGAAGCGUCUCUCCGGCUUCCCGUGUCCUGGACGUGCUGUGCAUUUGUGUUUCGUGGGUUUCGUUGCUGCGUCCGAGGCCCCCCGCUGCACCUCCAGCCCCCUCGGCUCCGGCUCUGCACCGGCAGGGCCCUGCCCGGGCCUCGUGGGGCGAGUGCGGAAAUGCCACCGCCUCGCGGCUUCGCGCACUGCGAGACACGCGUCCACUGUGCGAAGACGAUGUUCGCACCUUGGCGGGCAGGUUUUGGGUGCAGCUCCACGCCCCGUCAGAGGGCUCCCUGGUGACACGUUUCGCCCCUGCCCUCUCCGGUUCCAGCCCCACGUUUCCCAGUCCCCGGCUCUUUCUACCUCAUUUUGUGAGUCAUCUACCACUCUGUGCCUCCGUUUACACCGUAGUUUACCAUUAGACUGUGAGCUCCUUGAGGGACUUCGUCUUAAUCAUUGUUCUGCCCAGCGCCUUGCACCACGCCUGGCACGUUAAAAAGUGCUUAAUAAAUGUUUGAA